AUGGCCCGCCUCGGCGCCGGCGCCCUGUUGGCGCUCCUGCUGGCGGUCGCGGCGGCGGCGGCCGCGUUCCUCGCGGUGCCGGCCUCGGCGAAGGUCGGGGACCUGAGCGCGAUGGACUUCGUGGCGGUGAGGACGAGCAGCAUCCCGGGCCAGCGCAGCAAGUGCUCGGGCGCCGUAGGCGAGUGCGGCGUGGACGAGGAGGAGGAGCUCGGGCUGAGCGGCGGCGGCCUCGCCGCCGGCGACUCGAUGCGGCGGACGCUGGCGCAGCGGAAGCCGACCAACCGGUACAUCAGCUACGCGGCGCUGCGCGCGGACCAGGUACCGUGCAACAAGCGCGGCCGGUCCUACUACAGCAACUGCGCGUCGCAGCAGGCCGCCAACCCCUACCGCCGCGGCUGCUCCGCCAUCACGCGCUGCGCCCGCAACAUGAACUGA